UUCGUCCAGUGCCGAAUUCGUGUUGUAGGGUGAAACAUCAAGUGAACCGACCGACGCAGGCGGUAAAUCAGUUGUGGUCACUAUUUUCCUGCGGGGAGUUUACACUUUUCUCUAGGAGAGGAGACCAGGAGCAAGGGAAACUCAUAGUGUCUCCAGUGUGUGAAUCAUAUCAUCUAGAUCGGAACGCGUGUUAGCAGCAAACAGGAAACGUUGCGGUAGCGGAGGUCAAACGAAAGGAGAACACACAGAUAGAAGGAUUAGCCCAUUGGCACCAGGCAGGAAACUAUUGUAGCAGUUUCCAAGGUGUCCGUGGUUCUUUUUUUUUCGUCACAGACUGGAUGUCCUGAAGUUAUACGUAAGUGGAAGGGUUGAAAAUCUGUAUCGUAAAGGGAAAACAAAGUGGUAAGAAAAUCGAUUUCACGGAUCAAGGAAUCCGAGUAAGAGUGGUUACAGCACAGUUGUGUAGUGACAAAAAGUGUUUCGGUUCGGAGUGAAGUGUUUUAUAACUCGAAGGAAAAUGUUAGCAAGGUGGUCCGCGGUGCUGGCGAUAAUCGUCGUGACAUGGAGUACCACGUAUCAAGUUCAGGCUGCCUCACCGCGAUGGGAACCUCAGAUAUCGGUUCUGUGUGAAGCAGGACAGACAUAUCACCCGCAGUAUCUCUCCGAGGAGGGUAGAUGGGCGACAGAUCUGAGCAUCAAAGUGCCCGGUUCGGCAUGCCUGCGGGACAAAAUGGACCUACUGGAUUACUGUAAAAAGGUGUAUCCAGGACGAGAUAUCACGAACAUCGUUGAGUCGUCCCACUAUCAGAAAAUCGGUGGCUGGUGCCGACAGGGUGCACUAAACGCAGCCAAGUGCAAAGGCGCUCAGCGAUGGAUCAAGCCAUUUAGAUGUUUGGAAGGUCCGUUCCAGUCGGAUGCGCUCCUAGUGCCCGAGGGUUGCCUGUUCGACCACAUCCAUAACGCAUCCCGGUGCUGGCCGUUCGUCAGGUGGAAUCAGACCGGUGCAGCCGCCUGCCAGGACCGCAACAUGCAAAUGCGUAGCUUCGCCAUGCUGCUCCCGUGCGGAAUCUCGCUUUUCUCUGGCGUCGAGUUCGUCUGUUGCCCGAAGCAUUUCAAAGUCCCGAUGAAGGUGAAAAAGACCGACCUCCCGGUGCUGCCCCAGGAUCCCGAAGUAUUACCGGCACUAGACGACACUGACGCGGACAACUCUGAAGACGACGACGAUGAGGAUGACAUCGAUGAUGACGAAGAUGAGGACAUGAUGGGCGAUGAACCGAUUGAAAGCGACGACGACGAAUAUGAUUCUGAGGAGGACUUCGAUGCCGACAAAGAACCGGAUACCGGAUCGGCAGUUUGGGAUACAUUCAGCACCCCGCUGCCUUUUAUGAACUCCAAAGACAAGAAGGAUACCUACACUACCACCAGUACCAGUACUACUGAAAAACAAACUGAACUACCAACCACUCCAAUUACCGCUAUCCCCACACCUGAUCCUUACUUUACGCACUUUGACCCACGCUAUGAGCAUCAGAGUUUCAAGAGUUUGCACACUGAAUUCCAGGAAGCUCAACAGCGACUUGAGGAAAGUCAUCGUGAAAAGGUUACUCGAGUGAUGAAGGACUGGUCCGACUUGGAAGAGAAGUAUCAAGACAUGCGCCUCGCUGAUCCGAAAUCCGCACAAACGUUCAAACAACGUAUGACGGCUCGGUUCCAGACUUCUGUGCAGGCACUUGAAGAGGAGGGCAACUCGGAGAAACAUCAGCUAGCAGCAAUGCACCAGCAGCGAGUGUUGGCUCACAUUAACCAGCGUAAACGUGAAGCUAUGACUUGCUAUACCCAGGCACUAACCGAACAACCACCAAACGCACAUCGUGUUGAAAAGUGUCUGCAAAAACUGCUUAGGGCACUGCACAAGGAUCGGGCCCACGCUCUUUCUCACUACCGUCAUCUGCUGGGAUCAGGAGGAACUGGAGGAUUAGAAGCAGCUGCGUCUGAGAGACCACGUACCCUUGAGCGUCUGGUUGACAUUGACCGUGCAGUAAAUCAAUCAAUGGCUAUGCUUAAACGUUAUCCAGAGCUCUCAACAAAACUGUCCCAGUUAAUGGAUGACUACAUUCAAGCCCUGCGUUCAAAGGACGAGACUCCAGGAUCGAUGCUUGCUAUGACAGAGGAUGCCGAAGCUACUAUUCUGGAUAAAUACCGUAUGGAGAUUGAGCGUAAGGUUAGUGAGAAGGAACGACUGCGUCUAGCCGAGAAACAGCGUAAAGAACAACGUGCCCAGGAGCGAGAGAAAAUUCGAGAGGAAAAACUGCGUUUGGAGGCCAAGAAAAUGGAGGCAGCAUAUAAACAGCAACAACUUCAACAGCAGCAGCAGCAACAACAACAGCAACAGCAACCACAACCACAACAACAAAUGCAACAACCACAAAUACAGCAACAGACACAGACGCAAAUACCGAUAUCCGAACAACCAUUAACUCAAAAACAGCCAGAACUGGAAACUCAAAGAGAUAUUGAGACAACCCGCGACUACACGGAGGAAGUUACUAUGACCAACAGUCCACAAUCAACAGCUCUGCCGACCGUCGACGACGAAGCUGUGCAGCGUGCCGUUGAAGAAGUAGCUGCCGCUGUUGCCCAUCAGGAAGCGGAGCCGAAAAUGCAACAUGUACUUGCUCAUGACAUUGGACAUGGUGAACCUAGCUACUCGGUUCGACGGGAGAUCUAUGGUUCCAGCGGACAUGAAGGUAAGAACGUUUACUUCACGUUGGCAUUCGCCGGUAUCGCCCUGAUGGCCGCAGUGUUUGUUGGAGUUGCCGUGGCCAAGUGGAAAGCUUCGCGGUCGCCCCAUGCUCAAGGAUUUGUCGAAGUCGAUCAGGCCGUCGGACAACCAGUUACUCCCGAGGAGCGACACGUUGCCAACAUGCAGAUCAAUGGGUACGAAAACCCAACCUACAAGUACUUCGAAGUGAAGGAAUAAUUUAGGAAACCGUGAAGAUGCUCCUUGUUAUAGACAGUAGAACCAGAUGCCGCAGACGACUCGGUAUCGCAUUGAAUGAAAUUCGUUUUCAAUGGGCGCAGAUUGAUUAGCACUGCGAGAUCGUUGAGUAUCUGUAUGAACAAAAAAAAAUUGUUUGGAAUACAAUGGAUUACGUUAUUCUGUUUGAUCUCUGUAACUGAGAAUGCUACAAUGGAAGUAAAGUAAAUUAUAUCCAGCAAAAGCAAAAUAAAAGACAUUCCCUAAUGUUAGUUUUGACAUUAAUGCAACAAGUAGAAGUAAGUAAGAUCAGUAUUUUAUGUUCGGCAAAUUUGGUCCUUUGUAAGAAGUGAAGCAAAACUACCGUUAAAUAGUGUGAUUGUAAUUAUAAAUUUAUGAGUAUUUAUAGGAAUACGCUAAGGGAAAGUGGGAGAAAAUUAACUUCUUUACAGAAUGCCGCCGUUACCGAAAAAUAUAACCGCAUCACCUUUUCGAGAGAUCUAUUCAGCUACCGAACACUUACAUUAUACGCAAUACAUACGCUGUGAUGCCAAUGUACUUUUUUGUUUUGUUCAGGCACACCCCCCGUACACCGUAGUAGCAGACAAACGAGGAUUAGGGAAACAGUAGGUUUGUCACUUUGGGAACGCAUGCAACCGAUUUCUUUCGAACAUGUCAAGUAGUUGUGAGUUGUAAAAUCAGUCAAGGUAAAUCCCAAUAGUUGCACUCGCAAACCGUUACAACUUAUUUUGAGCAAUAAUUAUCUACUGUCUCUGGCACGAUUACGUCAUGCUUAUGGUAAAACUAUGCUCUAAGUGAAACCUGCUGUUGCCCUUCAGGGACACCUGACUGUGUUUAGACUCAAACUACGCAGAGGGUCCUCUCCAUCUCUCAACUCAUAGUUAGAUAGCUAAGUAGCUAAUUAGUUAUUAUUAUGAAGAAAGCAUGACAAAAAAAACAAAAAACAAUAACUGUAAGUAAUAUAGCUUUUUUGAUCAGUAACCGGAAAAAGUAAUAGAAAAACUAUCAAAAACAUAUAUUUUUUGUAACAAGCCUGCUAUACGCUUUGAAAUUUCAUAUUUAUAUAAUCUUAACAAUAAUAAAAGGUAAACUAUAUAUUUACAACAAUAGUAAGACACUCACUAUCACAUGCUUCAAGAAAAAAAACAAUAAUUUCGUGACUUUCUGAUAUUUUUUUCCAUCAGUCGAUAAAAUGUCAAAACUAAAAAUGCAGCAAAGCAAGCAAAAGUAACCACACUCAUAACACUAUAGAUGUCGUCCUCGAUGUGUAGACACCAGGUGUGCAGAAUUCAAACAUCGUAGCUCAUGAGAUGUGUGCGUGUACCAAUUAAAGAGCUUCUUCCGAACAACCUGUAGCGAGCAGUAGUAAUCUUUUUAAAACCACCAAACCAUGACAAAAAUCAAGAUAACAUCAAUCAUCAUGCAAACGCAGCAAAAUUGUGCAUCCUGAUAAUUCAAAUUCGUCCAUUUUUGUAGACUUUUGCGAGCGCGUAAAUAAAUGUAAGGAGAAACAAUCGAGAAUAAAAAUUCAUGUUAUCCCCAGUUGUCAGCAAAGAUCCCUUAACCGUCAGUCACUGUUGCCAGCUAUGCUUGUGAUGAUUUAAACGCUUGGCGCUCCCAUAAUCCUCCAGUUUCUGUGCUCAUUCUUAUUCGAUAAGAAAACACCCGGAACCAAUUAUUUCGUGAGAAUAUUCUUCGGAAAACGCAAUUCUCGACUUCAUUUAAUCUGAAACAGUAACUACGAUACAAUUUUCUUGCUGAUUGGGAAAGACAUAUAAUCUAUGUAAAAAUGAAUUUGAUAUUGCUAGAACACUAACAUUAACAAUAAUGACUUAAAAUAUUUAAAAACAGAAUAUAACUAGAUUAUAUAUCAUGUAAAAUUAUGUAACGAGAAUAUUUAUACAACACGUAUAAAUGUAAACAUUUACAGAAUAGUUUUACUAGGAGACUACAAACAACAAAGCAACACUGUAAAACACUUAGUUUAACCGAACACUGUUCUUUUACAUGACUUUUGUUAUUUUUUAAGUUAAAUAAAUACUCUACUUGAAGUUAAAGGAAAUCUAGUCUCAACUAUGAUGUUGAAUAAAAGUAAUAAAUCUACAUAAGCGUGCAGGAUUAUUAUGCUAACACUAUUGAAAGUUAAAGCCGAACAAAUGGCAGGAGAAAGUUUAUCACCAAAAGCGCUUAGUUUGACACGAUUGCUAUCCACUACUACUCAAGUAAAGGCAACAAUUAUAUCAGCAAAAACGUACACGCUAAAUCAAAAUGUAACCGCUCGUUUUCCAUUAGUUCAUUUUCUCAAAACAAAAUAUUACUCGAACUAUUAUAUAUAUAAAAAAACAACUUUUUUAAUACCAACAACAACAAUCCAGAUAAAACACUAAAUGAUCUAAGACAAACAAAUGCAGAAAACAGAUACUUAACUGUCAGUAAUAGCAACCAUUUACACACAUUUGAGGAAAAAAUGACGAAACUUUUUGUGUGCAACAUUUAGAGAAAGCAAGUGAAGAAAAAUUAAACAAUUUGUAUUAUUAAUGAGAUACCAGAGGAAACACAAUUAAUUGUUACUCGUAUGUGUAAUGAUUAAUUAGUAGAUGAAUACGUCUCUUUUUUCAUCAUCAACAACAACAACAAAAAUAACACCGUAGCAUAGAACGUGUCCAACAUACUCAACCAGACCGAAAUGAACGUCAGUCAGGAAAAUACAGGACACGACGCAGUUAACACAAUGCUUCUGGAAAUUCCUUUCAUCGAGCAAAACAAAUCCAGUAAAAACUCAUCUAUAACCAGCACAAUAAUUUACACCUUUCUUGGUUUAUUCAACAGCUAUUUUAGUCAUUGAUUAUAAAUACCAACCCAAUAUUUGAAACUCGACGAAAGAAUGCUUCGGGAACUCGUGCUAAACUUGCGCUUUGUUGAUUGACUAGUUCAAGUGUUGCGCUGAAAUCAAUCGUUUUCUAAACCUAAACACACGAUGAUCAUGAAACCGAUAUAUAAAGCCGAACAGAGAAAUACAGCAAACAGAGUACAGAUACUAAAUCCAAAACCAAACAAGCAAACACUUCUUCUGUCUACACAAAGAAAACGUCCUCAAAUAACUGUUUGUAGAAAGUGAAGAUAGCACCGAGAGGAAGCAAAUUGAAAGUUUAGUCGAAUCCGCUCUGUAAACAAGCAAAACUAAUAAUUUGAAGGAGGAUAAUAAAGUAUAAGAUAACAAUA